CUUGAGAGGCCGAGUUAGUCAAUCGGUGUCCGGCCGAAACGAAAGAUCUCUGCUAUCGCCGAGCAAACGAAAUUUUACCUAGUAUAGAACACUUCUUUUAGUUUAAAAUUUAAAUUGAUUGCAGCUAAUUAAGAGACUCCCCAACGAAUCGAACAUAACUCAUUUUUAUUCCGACGAACUUGUGCAACAUUGCGAACUUCCUGUGAAACGAACUCUGUGAAAUAUUUAAAAGAAAUAUAGGAAAUUUUGCCAAACAAUUGUCGAAGAACUGCCCCACAUACCGACGAUAUUCCACUUGGUCUGUGCGCGAAAAAGUCUAUUGAAAAUUAACGUAUUGACGUCAUUACACUGCUAGAAACAGUGGCAAGCAGGCAGUAAAUAAACUGUUUACAUUACAAGAUCGUCGGGCGAGUGAGUGAGUGAGGGAGUGAAUAUACAAAAGUUUGAGGCACGCCAAACUUUGGUCUACGACGCCCAAGGAUUUCAGAGCUAAUGAUUGAGGAGAAUCCAACGAUGACCAGGUGAAGUAUAGCAGGGACUUUCGGCAGGGUCGGAGUGCACCGCAUAUGCAGUACUUGAAAAAGCAUAAACCCAAAAACAAAACGACGGCAACAUUUUUAUAUACUGAAGCUACAUAAAAAUGGCUGAAAACCAAACCAAAACGACCUCUAGCAAGGGAUGCAAUGGGAGCAGGACCGCCAAUAUCCUGGCGCCCCACAAUGGGACUGUGGUGCGCAGGACGGAUCCGGGCUCCAAACUCAGAGAUGGCUUCCACACGGAGAAGCACGAUAUCGAGGACUGGCAAACGAUGGCCAAGAACAAACUGAAGCGAAAGAAGAAGCUGAGCGCCUCCCUGACUUCCGUGGGCGAUACGGUGAAUCAGGAGAAGCGCACCCGCAUCGAGGGCAUCCAGCUGCACUGUCGCGGCAAAUUGCGGCCCAAGGAUACGCAAUCCUUCGAGGCCGAAAGGAGCCCAGCAACAGGAUCAACCAAGCAGAUGGCAAAGGUUGACAAAGAACGGGAACGCCCGGUAAUAAUCGGUGGUGUGACGACCACAAAUGUGAUAGCAGCACCUCCGCAGAGGAUCAAGAGAAAGCUGCAGGAGAAUCUGGACACGAUCCAGAAGUUAAACGCCCUCACAGAGCAACUGCGUCUGGAGGUGAACGAACUGAAGUCCAGCCUGAUCACAGAACGCGGAGCAGUGAGGGCCCUCAGGGCUCAAAACGACGCAGAUAGUCGUCGGUGGAAGAGCGAAGUGAAGAAGCUGCAGCAGACGCUGGAAAUUGCCAAGAAGAGCAAUGGGAUAAAGAAGUCCAACGAAUCGGGCCCAGAAUCGGGCGGCACACAUGUGACCGCCGAUGGCCUCAUCAACUAUGAAAUCCAAAGACUGACUAACGAGAUCGCCGUGCUGAAGGAAGCCAAUCGAACCAAGGAGGAGAAGACCCAGAUUAUGGGGCAGGCUGAUAGACUCAAGGCUGCCGAUAUGCGGCAAUUGAAGAACGCGUACGAAAACCGAUUGACUCACAUACAGAAAUCAGCCAAAAUUGAAAUAACACGUUUGCUAGAGGAAAUAAAGACCAAAGAACGUAAUAUAGGACAACUGAGGAAGGACUUGCUGGCACUGCAGAGUCCCAAUAAGCAGAGGAGGCAGAAUGAAGCCAAAGUGCCAGCGACGACGAAACCCAAAACGAACCCCAACGAAACGAGCCAAAAGCCAAAGAAACCCACUACGAAGCCAACGGGAGAAACAAAAGCUAAAACCGAACCAGAUACAGAAACAGAUAUUAUAGUCGAGCAAAAUCCCAUACGCCAGGCUCAAGUUACACCUGAGAUAACCCAACUCAAGAACAUUGAGCUAAUCAACAAUACGAAAAAUGCACAUAAAUCAGCGCUCGAGAUGCGCACAACAAUGAAGAGCAGUCAGCCGAAUGGAUUGGAAGAUGCUCCUCCAACUCGCAUGAGGGCCCCCGAUGAUGAGAUGAGGGCCAGCACUUGGAUGACGACGCUGCUCGGCAGCCACAGCCAUCAGGCGGCAGUCAAGUCGAAGGACCCCAAUUCGGACACGGACUCGGCUCUGUCCUCGGCCCCGCCCUCUAUUAGCCCGCAGCCGCCCUCCAGCGGAUCCGACAGCGGCGUGAUUUGGCAGACUCUGCAGGAUCUGGACAAGCUGCAAAAGGAAGCGGAAAUGUACCAGAAGGAGAACGAGCGCCUGCAGACGGAGGUGCAGCUGAUGAAACAGGACCUGGACGCCGCGGAAAAGGCGGCGAUGGGCAGCGGCAAGAAGCUGGCCCAGAUCGGGGAGCUGAUGCAGCGCAUCCAGGAGCUGGAGGAGAAGCACUCGAGCUUCGAGGACGAGGCCAGCGAGCUGAGGGAGCAGAAUGAACUCCUCGAGUUUCGCAUACUCGAGCUGGAAGAUGAUAGCGAUAAGAUGGAGAGCACCUGCGAGGGCCACUGCCAGAGUCUGCAGGAUCUGCUGGAGCAGUCUGCCCAGCAGCUGGAGGAUCGGGACAAGCGCUGUCUGCAGCAAUUGCUGCAGUGCGUCCAGCAACUCGAUCUGGAUGCCAUGAUGCCAAGCGAUCAGAGCCACCAGCGGAGGCACAACAACCCAACCCAAAGUCACAAUCACAAUCACAGGAUCGUAGCCACUGUUCAGCCGUAUAGCAACUGUGCCACGCCCACAGCCCCGCCCACGCCCAGCAAGAGGCACUGCAGCCAGGUGAGCAGCUCGUGGCAGAGCAGCAGCCUCAGCGAGAGCGGAGUGUUCGUGGAGUGCGAUUUGCCGUCGAGCACCGUUGGCGGAGGCCAUCCGCACCUGCAGUUCUACCAGGAGCGACUGGAGCAGCUGGAGGGCAAGCUGCUGAUCUACGAGAGCAGCGGAGACGCCCAGGCGCGGCACUUGGCCCAGCGACUGCAGCGGGAACUGCAGCUGGAGAAGGAUCUCAAGGAGCUGGGCGACCGGGUGGAGCUGCUGACCGAGCAGAACGCCCAGUUGGAGGAGGCCAAGUGCGAGUUCGAGGAGGCGGAGAACGACACGCGGCUCCAUCUGCAGCGCAACGAGGUGGAACUGGAGAUCCUGCGGCAGCGCAACGUGGAGUUGGAGUUCGGCAAGGAGGCACUGGGCGCCAAGUAUCAGGACUGCCGGGCAGAGGUGCUGAUCCUGCGGGAGGAUCUUGCGGCAGCGGAGACGCAGCUGGAGCAUCUGCAGACGGAGAGGAAGCAGGCGAGAAAAGAGCUGCAGGAUCUAAGGAGAUCGCUGCCCUUCCUGCUCAUCUGUCGUCUAUUCUCCUUGGCCAAAAUGGGCAACGUAUCCUCUUCCCCGGAGGCCAGUCCCCGUCUAACCUCGGGCUACACUUCUUCCUUGGGUCCCGACUCCCGAGCCAAGCUACAGACAUCGGAUUUCGGACUUGCCGAUCCCGGCGAGGGUCGUGAGAUCACCUACCUCAAGGAGGAGGUCAAGAGCCUGCGCGGCCAGCUGAAGGAGCUGAAUGCCCGGCACUACGAGGCCAUGGAGACGGCCGACUCGCACUGGGUGGACCUGGAGCAGCAGUACAAGGAGCGCGAGGAGGCGUACCGCUCGAAGGAGGCCAGUCUCAAGCAGAAGAUAGCCCAGCUGCAGGACUGCCUGCGCGAGGAUUCGCGGGCGGCCACCGAGAAGAUCCAGCAGCUGGAGGAGGGCGAGCAGGCGCUGAAGACCUGCCUGGUGCGCAUGACCAAGGAGCACCGCGAUCUGCUCACCGAGAACCGAACGCUGCAGUGCAGCGUGGAGAGCGUGAUGGCCAAGAUGGAAAUGGAGGCGGAGCACAAGAUGCCCCUCACGGAGGCACUGGAAACGGAGAGACGCCGCAGUCAGGCUCUAAUGGACGACCUGAGCUUUGCCAAGAAGGUGCAGCAGAACACCGAAGAUCAGCUGAGACAGGAGACGGACGCACUGCGCAGCCAGAUCUUCGACAUCAAGAAGGAGUACCUGCACAUCGAGGUGACCAACAGCGAGCUGAAGGAGGAGGUGGGCACGCUGGAGAACAAGAUCCGGCAGAUGGAGGGCCAGAUGAAGGACUCGGAGGAGCGGGCGCGCUGCCUGGAGGACGAGCUGCGCACCAAGGACGAGCAGUGCCAGCUGAUGGAGCGCAAGCUGGGCGUCAUGCCCGAGGGCUACAGCCUGGCCGACGAGCUCUACGACAGUCCUGCGAAGCGGGCCAAGAAGGACGAGGUUCCGAAUCUGCAGGCCGCCAGCCAGGGACUGGGCGUGGCACUACUCGAACUGGAGGGUCGCGACUUCGAUCUGCCCCUCCACAAGGACUUCCAGGCGAUCGCCUGCAGCGUGAAGCAUCUGGCGGACACCCUCCUCUCACAGAGUCCGUCCGAGAAUGCCCGGCUCUGAUGUACGUGCAGCAUGAGCGACAUUCCGACAGCGACCCCAACUCCCGCCACCAACAGACCGAGCAAUCCUACCUGAAAGAUCACUGGAAGCCGUCGAA